AUGGUUUUAAACCGCCCAAAUCAGCGAUUUGCUAGCAGGAGUCGGGGCACUGGGAGCUUUGCAGGCCGUGGGGCGAAGUAUCGGGGUGAUUUACGCCAGGGCGGCCGGGAAGUCUCUCGGGGGCGCGCUCGUGGUCGCGGUCGAGGUCGAGGCACAGAGGCUCGCAAAAGACCUAAGUUUGACAGUGCACGCAUAUUGCUUCAAGAAAACGAUGUAAGCGAUGGUCCGUCCGAAAAUGAGGCAGAUGAUACACCUCAAAUCUUGGAAGUAGGGAGCGAUUUGGGCACUUCGGAGGAUGAGGAAGAUGAUGGACUUGAACCUGUAAAAUCAUACUCACUGCUCAUGCAAAGUCUAUCUGCCGAAAUACGUCCACAUAAGAAGAGAAGGAAAAUAGAACAUAAUUCAAACUUAGAAAGAACUCAUGGUGACGAAGAGGCUCUAGAUCCUGCGCAUGAUAUUGAUGAUGUUCAAGAGGCCGAAGAGGGCCCGGAAACCGCGACCAACGAUUUCAUAGAUGAUGAUGAUGUUAAUGAUACAGUCAUCAGUGAACUAGACCCUUUCGAAAGCCACUUUGCCAGUCCAGAUAAGUACAACAAAGUUCAAGAGCGGAAAUAUCUCGACGAAGAUGUAUGGCAGAUCCAGAAACUUGACCUUCCACAGCUCGGUAAAGCUACCUUUUGUCGGCCAAAACAAGAAUCAGCGGCGUAUCAAUUUCAACCGGUGACAGAGCUCAAAGGACUAUCAUUGAAGCCAAAGCUCCACAAGUCUAUACUAUCUAACCAGACACUAAAAUUUAAUAAAUUAGAGAUGAACCUUUCUCCAUUCAUCUACAACUACCAAGACAUACUAUAUUGUGAGCGAACUCAUCUGAACGCAGAAAACUUAAGACGCAUAGUCUGUUUACACUCUCUUAAUCAUCUAGCUAAGACGAGAGAUCGUGUCAUAAAAAAUAAUGCAAAAAUUGCUUCUGGUGACGGAAAGUUAGAUUUAGAAUUCCGAGAUCAAGGGUUCACUAGACCCAAGAUUCUCUUCCUUCUCCCCACCAGACACUCAUGCGUACGGAUGAUCAAGAUGAUCAUCUCACUAUGUGAACCGGAGCAACAAGAGAACCGCAAACGCUUCGAAGACUCCUACAUUGACAAAUCUGACAUUAUUUCCGAGAAAAAGCCAAGUGACUUCCGGGAAUUGUUUAAAGGUAACGAUGAUGAUUUAUUCCGUCUCGGAUUGAAGUUUACUAGAAAGACCGUCAAGUAUUUUUCACAGUUUUAUAACUCGGACAUGAUAUUUGCGAGCCCUCUGGGACUCCGUAUGGCAAUGCAGGGUAAAGAAGAUGGAAAGACUGAUUUCGACUUUUUGAGCUCUAUCGAGUUGGUCGUAGUCGAUCAAGCUGACGCGCUCUUGAUGCAGAACUGGGAGCAUGUCGAAUAUAUCUUUGAUCACUUAAAUCUACAACCUAAAGAAACCCAUGGCUGCGAUUUUAGCCGAGUGCGAAGCUGGUAUCUCGAUGAUAUGGCCAAGUAUUUUCGCCAAACCAUAACUCUAGCUGCCUUCAAUACCCCAGAGCUCAACACAUUAUUUUUCAACAAAUCACGAAAUUGGGCUGGCAAGGUCAAAAUAAAUCCAAUUUAUGAUGGUGCGAUACAGGGUCUAGGACUGAAAAUAAAGCAAACUUUUUCACGGCUAGAUUCGGCGUCUUUUUCCACAGAUCCAGACACACGCUUCAGCUAUUUCACUGCUGCAAUUAUGCCUUCAUUAUUACGUCGUAUCAAGGAUAGCCGCGGAACCCUGAUUUUUAUAUCCUCUUAUCUUGAUUUUGUGCGAGUCAGAAACUACUUUUCGACUUCUCAGACAACUAGUAAUGUCUCAUUUGGUAGUAUUUCCGAGUAUACACCCGGCCCAGAUAUUGCUCGGGCGCGUUCACACUUUUACAGUGGACGGCAUAGCGUGCUUCUCUAUACCGAACGAGCUCAUCAUUUCAGACGCUUUCAGAUACAAGGUGUCCAAAAGGUGAUCAUGUAUGGAUUGCCAGACAAUCCUCUAUUUUACAAGGAAAUAGUUGGUGGUUAUUUAGGCCGAAGUAUUCAGGAGGGGCUGAUACCAUGUGAGGCGGUCAGCACACGGAGUAUGUUUUCCAAAUGGGAUGUACUCAAACUUGAGCGAAUUGUGGGCACUAUGCGCACGGGAAAACUGUUGAGUGAAAAAGGAGAUACUUUCGACUUUGUUUAA